UCUCUCCUGUCAAAAUCUCUUGCUUUUAUCUGUCAAACUUAAGCAAUCUGUCAAGGAUGAACCGCAAACAUCCACGAUUAUGAUUUAUGACGUUCACAAUUAGCACAACAAGGCUUGGCAAUGAACAAUGGCAAAUUCGUAUUUAAAAGGAAUUUCUACUCAGCGGGGUAAGGGGAUAUCUAAUAGAAAUUUGACAAAGCUCUUUGUGAAGUCCAGUGGAUGUUCUUGUCGGCACAACUUAGAAUCUUCCACGUGUCCUGAAAAAGGACAGGCGGAUUAUUUCAUGUCUCAAGGAGGGUCCCACCAGAUCCUUAUCUUCGGUAAAAUCUCAGCAAGGCAGAAUCUUCAAACGCAAAAUCCGUAAAUCACCAUAAAACGUACGAACCCUUUUCUUUUUCAGCAUCCUCCUCUUCGUUUCUGAUUCCUGAAAAUGAGCUUAGGGUUAGGGUUUAAUUCCACUGCGACUAUGGCUAUUUUAACAAACCCUUAGCAACCGUUCGAUCAAAUUUUAAAAAAUAAAAAAGAAAAAACAAAAGCCACAGAAAAUGUCAUCGACAUCAUCGUCGUCACCGUCACCGUCAUCAGCAGCCUUCAUGGUGAUUUGUCUCCUCCACUCGGUGAUCGCCUUAACGAGCGGCGCGCUCAUGAUGUUCCACAUGAAGGAAAUCUACACCUUCACGCACGGGAUCGAGACCGCCACGAAACUCCUUGGCUCGACCCCACAUGAUCAGCUCUUGAUCCGGACCUCCGAUUCAUUCUCGGGUUUGCUCUUAUUCGCAAUCGGGUUUUUGUUGUUUAUGGUCUCUUUUGUCAAAGACAAAGAGUUUCAGUCUUUCUUUGCCAAAGGUUGCACCGUUUUGCAUGUUUUCAUGGCGAUGUGGAGGUUCUGGUUCGAGAGGAGAGUUGAGGAUUUGGCUUGGGAUUGGCUUAGACAGACAGUUGGCGAUAUUCUAUUGGCUCUCUCUUGGGUAUUCUUUUUGGUUUACUCUUGGAGAGAAAAGUAUGAUUAGAUUUAAUUUUUCUGGUUAAAUUUACAUGUUUAUUUUUGCUUCCUCUUUCUUAAAUAGCAGGUGAUUUUUGAUUUUGUAACUUGGAGAUGUAUAUUUUGUGAAGUUCAGUAAUUUGGGUCCUUUUCAAAUGUGGUGUAAGAUUAAUGGGUGUGAGUCAGAAUUCGAGAAAAAAAAAUUUCCCCUUUGUGUUUUAUUUACACUUGAAAUGGUACAUAUGCUGAUUUUAAAAUU